AUGUCGGCGAGGGCACCUACGUCGUCGUUAGAGGGCCACAGCGACAAGGCCGCAGAGGCUGCUGCGGAGCAGUCCACAAAGAAGCGCCGCCGUCUUCGCCACCACCGAUGCAAGGCCGCACGAGAAGCUGCCUCAAACACUGCCGAUGUACCGUACGACGAGCUUGCCGAGACGGUGGAGAAGAACGAUGACGCGCAUUCGGUAGAGGAGGCGCAGGCGGCGGCGUCUAACGUGGCGUCGACGAAGCGUUCGGAGAAGCGACGCCGUGAGGAGAACAGCGACGACGAUGACGAGGCGGACGCGGAUGCGACGACAUCGAGCGCGCGUCCGUGUCACCCCCACAAGCGCGGCGCGGCGGAGGGAGGGAAGACGUCGUCCCCCUCUGCCUCCGCGUCCCCUGCUGCGUUGUCGUCGCCGAACGGCUCCACAGCGGUAAGCAUGACGCAGCGCAACAAGGAGCUGGCCAAGUCCAUCCCUGCCGUCACGGACUACAAGUCACUGCAGCUGAACCCCCACAUAGUGUCUGCUCUGGAGCAGGAGUUCAAGUUCAAGGAACUGACGCCGAUUCAGUCUCGCUGCAUUCCUGCUGCGCUGCAGGGACGCGAUCUCCUCGCUGAGGCGAAGACCGGCGCUGGUAAGACGCUGGCGUUCUUGAUUCCAAUUGUCGAGAUCGUCUGCCGCUCCGGCUUCCGCCCCAGCAACGGCACGGCGGCCAUCAUCAUCGGGCCCACCCGUGAGCUCUGCCUGCAGAUUGAGGGUGUGCUGCUGAAGCUGCUGAAGCACUUCAACGGCUCUUUGACGUUCUUGUGCUGCAUUGGUGGCCAGAGCCGCAACCAAGAGGGCUUCAAGCUUGCCAACGGCAUCAUGAUCGUGGUCGCCUCCCCUGGCCGCCUGCUAGACCACUUGAAGUUGACGACGGACUGGCACACAAAGAACCUACUGCUGCUCGCCGUCGACGAGGCAGAUCGCGUGCUCGACAACGGCUUUGAGGAGGACAUGCGCGAGAUCGUGGCCCUGCUGCCCAAGAACCGCCAGACGUUCUUGUUUUCUGCCACGCAGACGACGCGUGUCGAGCAGCUCGCGCGCAUCUCGUUUCACAAGACGCCGAUCUUCAUCUCCAUGAAGAGCAAGAAGGACAAGGCCACCGUGGACACGUUGGAGCAGGGCUACGUCGUGUGCACCAGCGAGCAGCGUCUGCUCGUGCUCUACCACUUUGUGAAAAAGAACCUGAAGAAGAAGGUCAUCGUUUUCUUCAGCAGCCGAAACAGCGUCAGCUUCCACUGCGAGCUCUUCAACUACAUCGACGUGCCCUGCAUCGCUUUCCACGGCAAGCAAAAGCAGCACCAGCGCUCCGCGACGUACAUGCAGUUUUGCAACGCACCGAGUGGCGUGCUCUUCACGACCGAUGUCGCGGCACGCGGUCUCGACAUUCCCGAGGUGGACUGGAUUGUGCAAUUCGACCCCCCGGAUGAUCCGGUGAAGUACGUGCACCGUGUCGGGCGAACCGCGCGCGCUGGGCGCUGUGGUAACGCGCUCAUGUUUCUGCUUCCGCAGGAGGAGCUGUUCCUCAAGUACCUCUACGAUGAUGCCAAGGUGAAGGUGAACGAGUACAUCUUCGAUUUGACAAAGCUAAAAGAAAACGUGCAGGGGCAGCUGGAGCAGCUGGUGAGCUCCAACUACUACCUGCGCACUUCGGCGCGGCAGGCAUACGAGGGCUACUUGCUGAGCUACAGUAGCUGCCAGCUGAAAAAUGUGUUCAACAUCCAACACCUCGACCUCGCUGCGGUGGCGCGCGGGUUUGCACUGAGUGAGCCGCCGCCGAUCAAGAUGGACCUCUCGCAGUCCGCUGCACACAUGAGCAAGAAGUCGCGACACGAGUUUAGCGCCAUGCGCCACACCAAGGACGCUAAGCGACGUGAUGUGAACGCGAAGUCGAUGAACAAGCGGCAUCAGAACAUCAGUGGGGAGUGGUGA